UUAUUAACGUCGGAAAUUCCGAAAACUGCAGCAACGCUAAUCUUUAUCUCAAGUUGUGUCUCAGUCAGUUGGAAACAUUCGAUCGACAAUCAUGGCCUUCUCCAAAUGGUUUUUCCUCGCCUCCUUCGUUUUGGUUGCGGUGCAAGCGCACACUUUGCAGAGACGAAGUCCGUUUCAUUUCCAGUACAAAAACAAAUUGUACUACAUCGAAACUUUUUACAAGGCUACUUUUUACAAAGCGUUCAUGUCGUGCAGCAAAUUGGGCAUGAAUUUGGUGAGCAUCGAAUCUGACGAUGAGUUCGAUAAGUUGCACGAAUUCAUUAAAACUAACACUAAAUACGAGCACGGUAUGGCUUUCUGGACGUCGGCUGCUGCGAUGGAACCUCUUCAAUUCCAUUGGAUGUUGAGCGGAUAUCCGGUCGGGCUCGCCUCAAAAUGGUUGCCCGGGGAACCCAACAACAAACAGGGCAACGAGUAUUGCAUGCAUCUUUGGGUGCACAACAAAAAAUUGGUUAUGAACGAUGAGAGCUGCACCACUCAAGCUUUCUACAUCUGCGAGCAACCGAAGUUAGUUACAUCAUCCGAUAUUCGUCGAUGAAGACCAGAAAUCAUCUCAAUCUUAUUGUUUGUAGUUAUAACGAAAUGAUUAAUUCACUAAAUAAACUGAAAAGUAGAAUUAAAGUGGAAUUAAGUUAAUCAGUCUUUUUUUUAACUUAUCUGUGCAUAAUCCAAUAGAAACAGCGAUGUUUUCGAUUUAGUGAGUGAAAUAAACAUGCAGAUAAUUAUUUA